GUGAAGGACAGUGAGCUGAAAGAGUUUCGUUUGGUGGCGUGUUAGCGCGAUAUUUCAUAGUUAAAGCAACAACGGAAUUUCCAUAACAGCAUGAAGUGUGAGGAAGAGGAGGAUCUGGAUAACCAGCAGGUCUGUCACCAGGAGAGGAACUCCAGUCUGGACCAGCAGAACCCAGAGGCUCCCCAGAUUAAAGAGGAACAGGAGGAACUCUGCAUCAGUCACAAGGGAGAGCAGCUUGUAGUGAAGCAGGAGGGUGAAGGCAUCAUCGUCUGGACUGGAGAAGAGCAACUCAGACUGCUGGAUAACAUCUGGAAACCUGAAAUAAAGUCACACCGGAUAGACCUACCACAACGACAUGUCUAUAAGGAAGAGGAGGUUCUCACAGACCAGCAGAUCUGUAACCAGGAGAGGAACUCCAGUCUGCACCAGGAGGACCCACAUCCUCCACAGAUUAAAGAGGAACAGGAGGAACUCUGCACCAGCCAGGAGGGAGAGCAACUUAUGCUGAAGCACGAGACUGAUGCCUUAAUGGUCACUGCUGCUUAUGAGGAAAGUGAACCAGAACCAAACGGUGACCUGCCCCUUUUUUACAACUCUCCUGAACCAGAGAGCCGACACCAGGAAGAAAGUGAGCAUGUGUACUCCACAUCAACUAGGAAUGCAGAACCAAAGAAGAGGACACAUCAGAGUAACAGAAAUCAGUGUAACAGAGUAGACAACCCUGCUGUGUCAGAGAGUCGGUGUAAAACUGACACAAGUAAAAAGUCUUUAAAAUGUGACACUUGUGGAAAAGCAUUUCUGUAUAAAUCCAGACUGACUGCACAUCUGAGAAUUCACACAGGUGAGAAACCAUAUUCUUGUAGCGCCUGUGAGAAAAAAUUUAGUGACUUGUCAACAUUCAGAACGCACAGGAGAAUUCAUACAGAUAAGAAGCCGCAUUCUUGUGGCACCUGUGGGAAGAGAUUCCGGCAAAUGACACACUUGAAAACUCACCAGAGAAUUCACACAGGGGAGAAACCAUAUUCUUGUAACACCUGUGGUAAAAGAUUUACUGACUUGUCAACUUUCAAAACUCACGAGAGAAUUCACACAGGUGAGAAGCCACAUGCUUGUAGCACCUGUGGGAAAAGAUUCACUCAUAAAUCAACACUGAAAACUCACGAAACAAUCCACACAGGUGAGAAGCCGUAUUCUUGUGGCAUUUGUGGGAAAAGAUUCCGUGGCUUAACAGCAAUAAAAACUCACAUGAGAGGCCACACAGGUGAGAAACCUUAUUCUUGUAGCACCUGUGGAAAAAGGUUCAGUAAGAAAUCAACACUGGAAACUCACGUAACAAUCCACACAGUCAAGAAGCCUUAUUUUUGUAGCACCUGUGGGAAAACAUUCAGUCAGAAAUCAGCAAUGGAAACUCGUGUAACAAUCUGCACAAGUGAGAAGCCUCAUUCUUGUAGUACUUGUGGGAAAAUAUUUAGUGAUUUAUCAGCAUUCAAAAGUCAGAUGGGAAUUUACACUGGUGAGAGGGCUCAUUCCUGUAACACCUGUGGGAAAGGAUUCAGUAGGAAAUCGACGCUGGAAGCUCAUGUAAGAAUUCACACAGGUGAGAAGCCACAUUCUUGUCGCACUUGUAAGGAAAGAUUCACUUACAUGAUUCAGUUAAAAAGACACAUGAAAAUUCAUGCAGGUUAAAAGCUUAAAACUUGUAAAAUGGUGAAGAGCCCACACUGGUGAGAAACCCACAAAGAUUCAGAUUAAGGUGGUAUAUUUUACUUUAGGUUGUAGAGGUGACACACAUAAGCUGUAGAUCAAGGUUGUUAACAUUUUAAUUUAACAGCUUUGGUAAGGUAAAAUAAGCACAAAAGAGUAGUGUUUUUUUUUUUUUUAAUAAGGAUUUCAUUCCUCUGUUGAUCAAUAAAGAGGUUUUGCUACACAAGAUUAAAGCUGGAAAGAGAUGCACAUAAGCUUGUAUUAUUGUGAACUUUGAGGUCACUUCAUGUGUUGUGAUGUUUUUCGUAGUUUAAUCUUCAAUAUGUGCCCUUCCUGUUGGUUCUUUAACUGUGUUAAAUCUUAGUUUUUUUUCCCUAAAGUUUAUUUAAAACUUAUUGUGACUAUUUUUUUUCCUGGUGAGUACUGUCUUAAAUAUGAAUGGGAAGUUUUUGUGUUUGACUUUGUGUUAUAUAAAUUUAGAAGCUGCUGUUUGGAUAAACACGUCUCAGGCUGCUUUAUACUUCUGUUUAGCUAUUGUAGCUGCAGAACUUUUUGUCUCAUUGUAGGGCAAUGAGAGAUAUAAGAUGUUCAUGUAGUAUAGCUGCAGGCUUAUGCUUCAAACUGCAUUAAAAUG